ACUGGGGUGUGUGCAUACCUCCACAACGAUGCGAAGAAUCCGGUUAUACUGCCACCGAAACACUGGAUCACUUCGUUAAUCCUUGUGCAUUACCACGAAAUGUAUCUACACCGUAAUUACGAGGUUGUAGUUAACGAGGUACGGCAAAAAUUCAGUAUUUUUCGCCUGAGACAAGCACUUAUAUCGAUUCGCAAGAACUGCCAGCGGUGUAAGAAUCGCGACGUUCUUCCUCAACCGCCGGAAAUGGCAGACCUACCCGCAGCCAGACUAUCAGCAUACACGAGACCAUUCGCGCAUGUAGGGGUCGAUUAUUUUGGACCGAUUGAGGUGGCUGUAGGUCGCAGGGUCGAAAAGAGAUGGGGGGUUCUGCUGACCUGUCUGACAAUAAGGGCAGUGCAUAUAGAGAUAGCCCACUCCUUGACGACAAGUUCCUGCAUUAUGGCUCUGAGGAAUUUCACGGCACGAAGAGGUACACCUAUCAGCUUCUAUAGUGACAGAGGGACUAACUUCAUAGGAGCCAAACGGGCGCUGCAGGACAUCUACCAGACGAUCGACUACAAUCAGUUGAUGCGUGAAUUUGUCACACCAACUACUGCAUGGCAGUUCAAUCCACCGGCAUCACCCCACAUGGGCGGAAGUUGGGAGCGUCUCAUCCAGUCGGUCAAACGGAACCUUGCUGAAGUUUUGAGAAUGCGGAAACCCACUGACGAGGAGUUAAGAAACGCACUGACGGAGAUUGAAGGGGUACUUAACACGCGCCCUCUUACUCAUGUUCCUAUCGAAGACGAAGCGGAGGCUGCACUAACACCCAACCACUUUCUGUUGGGUUCUUCUGAUGGGUCGAAACCGUUGACCUUGCUUAAUACUGACGUUUCUACAAUACGUAGGGGACAUCCGACUUCUCAAUGGCUUGCCAACCUUUUUUGGAAGCGUUGGAUCAAGGACUACCUUCCGGAUAUUACGCGGCGCACCAAAUGGCAUGAGAAGGCGAAACCUCUUCAGGUUGGUGACAUUGUCGUCAUCGUGGAUCAUGAGCAUCCUAGAAACUGUUGGCCUAAAGGACGGGUCAUCGGUGUAGUAACCAGUGGAGGACAAACUCGCAGAGCUACUGUGCAAACCGUGCACGGAAUCUACGAAAGGCCGACUGUCAAGCUGGCGGUGCUAGACGUUAGGCGCGAGUUGGAGUAAGAGGAACCGAAGUGUACGGUUCCCAUACCGGGGGGGAGUGUGACGUCCCUCGGACGAGCGCACCUACUGUCGCACUACUCUGGUGGUCGACAUCGAUAUUGCCGAUCGAUCGACGCGAGAAGUGUCAGAGAAACGGAAAGAAGGAGGAAGAUAAAAGGAAAAAAGAAGUUAUAUAGAGUGGUCACAUGCAGUGCUGUGCUGAUCGGAGCAUCGAUUAAAAUUAUUAUUAAUCUCGUUGUUAUGAAUUAUUUAAAACUAGUUUAGCCUAAAGAUCAGACUAUAUAUACAACUUAAAGCUAAAGGUAAACCUAACCUAAAAGCUAUUUAAGUUACUUACAAAACUACAGGUAAAAUUAUAUAACUAAUCUAAAAAAUACAGAAAUAAUAAUGAAAUGUACGCAUAGACAGACAUCACGAUCAAGGCCAGGAUCCACGAUCGUUGGGAAACAUAGAGCGGGAAGAUUGACUAAACGUGAGUAAAUAUUAUACACAUUGAACUAUAUUUAGAGCAAACUGUAUUUUCGCAGGAUAUAAAAAUAUCUAAAUACACGGAUAUUAGUGCAUCUCGGAAAAUUGUCUUCGUUCCCUCCGAAA